AUGGCCACCGCCCAGAUUCUCGACAGCAAAACCAACAUGCGGCAACCCAGCAUCCCCGACAUUUUACCCCCAGAGUACGCUCAAGGCGACUACGUCGAGCUCACCACCAUCUCCACCAGAACAUCACAAGAAUCCCUCCCCAGCUACGACAACGCCAUCACCCCAGCAGACAGCUCGUCCUCCCAACUCGCAACCUCCGCCGCCCUAGCCACCACAGGACUCCAAUCAACACACACGUACCAAAUAGAAACCAAGGGCCACCCUCUCAUCGCCCUCCCGCUCGCCCCUCGCCCCGAACCCAUCGGCAUCUUCGCCGUCCUUCCCAACGGCGAACUCGGCGCCCUGACCUACCAAUCCCUCCGUCACGCCCGCUGCUCCGGCAACAGCGUCCUCGUCCGCGCCGACGACGACUUCGCCGAAGAGCCCCUCUCCUCAACAGCCUACCGCUUCGGGCCCGGCCGCCCACCCAAGAUCCAACUCCAAGGCGAGGUCAGCCACGAGGAGGAGUUCGAAGUCACCGGCAAGGGAAUCCAUACGCGCGCGCAAAACAUCCGCACCCACCUCGGCACCUUUCAGUGGCGGUACGCGAGUCGCCAGGAGAGAAGGGCCAUCGGCGCGAGCAGCCUACUCGUGUGCGACCAGGUCACCAGCGUGGCGUUGCUGGGCGGCAAGCAGGGCGAGAAGAGGAGGCGGGUUGCGCAGCUGGUGAGGAGCGAGGAGCUGAGGACGAAGGGGACGUCUGGGUCGACGGCGGGGAAUGGCGGGCGGCUGGUGAUGGAUCUGAGGGAGUGGGAGGGGAGGAAGAGCGAUGUGAAGGCGAUGGAGGUGCUGGUGCUGACGGGGUGUGUUAUGAUGUUGAAGAAGGAGGUUGAUCGGAGGAGGGCGGCGCAGUUUAUGGUCAUGGCUGGUGCGGCUGGUGGUGGUCCUUAG